AUGGAUGGGGCAUCUGCAACCCCGCAACACCUCGCGAACGGCCACACGACCGACCUUUCGCAAGUAUUGCAAGCGCUGCAGGCAAUCUACGACCCCAAAUCGAACAACGAGACCCGCCGCCAGGCCACCGAAUAUCUAGAACAGGCCAAGAGGCACCCCGAAGCGCCCUCGCAUGGCCACACACUCGCUCGCGACAAGUCGCAGCCCGCCCAGCUUCGCCACUAUGGUCUUACCCUGCUGGAAUUCUCUAUCAGAUACAGCUGGGAGGACUUCACCGAGGAGCAGGGCACGGGUCUGCGAAACUACGUGGUCGAGCUAGCACAGAGCAUCACAGCAGAAGACCCGGUUUACCUGCGUAAUAAAGUGGCACAGUUGUGGACAGAGGUUGCGAAGCGGUCAUGGGGCGCCGAGUGGAUGGACAUGGACCAACAGCUGGUCGAGCUGUGGCAAUCGUCGCUGCACCACCAGGCCGUCGUGCUGUACGUGCUCGAGACGCUGUCCGAGGAGAUUUUCAACCGUGAAGAUCCUACGGCGGGUCUGCGAGGUAGCGACCUAGGUCGGGCAUGCGUGGAAAUUUUUACACCGACGGCAGUGCUCACUGAGCACCUGCCUACGCGCGACAAGAGCCUAAAUGUACGCUAUGGGGACGAAGGGUGGCUCAAGAGGCUGUGCGAUAAUCUGUCGUGGUGUCUGUCCCAGGACUACGAGAAUCUAGAUGCGGUGAAACUGUGCGCAGUGAAAACCAUGAACGCUCUCCGGGCUUGCAUGCCAUGGGUAAUUCCGAAAGCAAUUGCCGCUGUUCAGGUAAUCGAGCAUGUGUGCAAGGCUCUCGCCGUACCCGUGGCCGAGCUGCAAGUGGCUUCUGUCGAUGUCCUUCAAGCCAUAUACACCCGCCACCACCUCCAUGAUGACGAGUUUGUAGAGCUUGUGUGUCCCAUGUUUACGCCCGGUAGCGUUUCGCUUUUGCGUGAGGUGUACAACUGGACUCUGGCCGACAUGAACAUCCAUGACUUGGAUGAAAAGAAGUAUAAUCUUUGCAAGAGACUUUCCGAGUUGGCUAACAACCUCGGUCUUUUCAUCGAGCAGAAGCCCCAGCAGGUGCCUGAAGGCAGCGAUCUUCCUGGAAUCUUUCAAUUCCUCUACGACGUCGCACGCAAUCCAAGUCUGGUUGUGUCGAUCCCCGUGCUUCAUUGCUGGACCAAACUACUGCGCUCCCGCAUUGUUCGCGAAUCUCCAGUCGUAAAUCAAAUGGUUGGCGGCCUGUUAGAGAUCUGCUGCGCCCGUUUGGUACGUUAUGAAGUGUUCCCUGAAGAUUCCGAAGAUGCUACCAUUCUUUUCUUGAGUGAAGAUAUCGACACCGUGCCAGAGCGACAUGCUUUCCUUGGCAAUUAUCGAAGAUUCUGCGCUGAUGUUAUUGAUGUCCUCGUGCGGCGAACGCCUGUCGAGGCCAUGGAGCAUAUUCUUGGGCAGGCCACAAAUACACUUCAAGGUCUAUACAACGACAAUCCACCAUUCCAGCCGCAAAACUUCACCAAACACUCAGCCCCCGUGCUUAAAGUAGAUGCACAAGUCACCAUCAUCGAUGCAGCAUUGAAGGGCUAUCUGAAGUGGCUCUCCACCCAUGGAAACGAACCGCAAGAGGACGAACGGAAACGUAACGCAAUGGAAGAUUCGUUCGAGCAGUGGGGCAGGCAGGUGUUGCAGGCGCGUUUCGACGAUCCUGAGAUUGCGAAAAAAAUCAUUCAACUCAUGUCGACGUUCUCGACCAAAGCGCUCCCUGACCGUCCCAACUUUGCUCUUUCUUUUCUUGAAUACAUGAUCACCGUCAAGCUCGUCGACAACCCUGCCUAUCCGCAGUAUGCCGACACGGUGAAGGACCUUGAACGCAUAUGUAGCCUUGAGAUGCAGAAGCUCGCCAUGAAGUUCGCCGACGACUUCAUGAAUGUUUACGAACAGUUGGAGAAUAAGGUCAACGAGAUGAUGGCCGACCCUACGACUGAUGACCGUCAGCGCAUGGCCUAUUCCGCCUUUUUGUUCAUCAUCAUUCACCGGUGUGGCACGUUGGAUCGUGAAAGCCAGGAGAAUCGUAUGCGGCAAAUUUUGGCACAGAUCAAGGACGCCUGGCAGGACAAUGACUUUGUAAACUCGGUUUCCUCAUUUCAAGCCUUUUGCGAAAGCCUCGGGAUGGUACAACUACCAGAAUUCCUGUCUGCCAACAACUUCCGUGGCGUGCAAGACUGGUCUGAACAACCACUCAGCAAUGAUGGUCAAGCCAUGCAGGCCGCUAUUCUCGACCACUCGCAACGCUUGCCGCUUCGGCUUACUAAGACACUCCUGGCCGCCUCUACCGAGAAGCUGCGCGAUGGUUCUGCUGCAUACGAAUCGGCCGCCCGGUUAUGGGCCGAAGUCAUACCAAUAAUACUGCCAAACCUCCUGCAACUCGUCAGUCAUGCGCAGGCCUUCAACGACAUCGAGACCAACUGGUCGUUCCUCCCACCGGAUCUGCAGCAAGUCAUCCAACGAGUCCUGACUGACCGAUUUUGGCAAGCUGGUAUAUCCACUGAGAGCCGCGACGAUUUUUUCGCUCGUGUGAGUGGGUCGAAGUCGACAUACGAAGGUUUUGCGUCCACUGUGCGAGGUACCGUCCGACAAAUUCGGGAGAGCUCGUACUAUAUUUUAUACUCCUUGACACGGUUCCGUGAUUACUUCUAUGGUAUAGAAAAUCUUUCUGCACCCCUGAGUCAAGCCUUGUUUGGACACGCACAUGCAUUGACGGCGCAUCAUCUGUCUGUACUUCUCACCGUCUCCACACAUCUCAUUGAAGGCUGUCCACCGCAUCUGAGAGCACAGUUCCUGCCGGCUAUGAUUCAAGGAUUGUUUCGCGAACUAAAUGGCAAGAUCACAAAGGAGUGGGACGAAGUUAGCCAGCAGGUUAUCAAUGCCAGGGAGAACGAUAAUUUGACGGACGAGAUGAAGACUGAAAGCAUCCUUCGGCAGCUCACGUACUCUUCUGUCACGCUCGUCGCUGUGCUGCUUGACUCAAGGCAGGAAUUCGCCCGCCUAGAUGAGGAUCAGCGCAAAGAAGGCCCCCCAAUCUGCGACUUCGUCCUCAACGCCCCAGAAGUCCUCGAGCCCAUCCUCCUCUUCUGUAAUACCUGCAUUCACGUCCGCGAUACGCGCUCUGUAAACACCACCGUCCGCGUGCUACGCAUGCUGCUCCCGCGCUUCAAGGAAAAGUCGCCUAUCCGCGACUACUUCUGCAAUGAGAUUCUCAAGAACGCAAUUAUCUCCCUCCACGAACCCUACUUCGUUGAUUGCCAGAAAGAUCUCGCUUCGCUCAUCGCGGGUAUAAUACAUCUUGACGACGACAUUCCCCGCGCUAUCAUCCUCUCUCUUCCUGGUAUGGGCGACGAUUCACGCGUCGACCGAAAGCUGGCGAAGUUGAAGAGUGUGAACAGGAGCGAUGAGAGGCAACAGCGCUCUAUCGUGCUCGACCUCCUUUCCAGCGUCCGAGGCGUGAGCAUCCACGAGCAGGGCAGGAUUGAGCGCGCGAAGCCGAAAAAGAAGACUGCAUUUCAAGAGCAAUAUAUGAGUUUGGAGCCGGGUGCUAAUACGAUUGUGAGGGGGACAAGUCCGGGAUUGGAAGGCGUGGCGGGGAUGUUCGAUUCGUAA